CGUGCGCAAGAACGCACGAAGUCAGCCAAGUCAGGACCUGUAGCCAAACCAUCCGAACGUCAGCCCAGGCUGCUGCUGGUGUGCCGAUUUUUGGAGAGAAAAAACUGACCGGUACCAAUGGUUUUUCUUAGUUUAAAGGAUAUGCGUGCGCGGGGCUUUUCCAUCCUUCUGACCUUCAUGCUGCUGGAACCCGUGUGUUCAGCGCAGAAUCAGAUGUGCGACAUGAUGAAGGAGAUCGACAGGGAGAGAGAGACGUGCGAGGAUCAAAUUGAGAACAAGACAGCAGGUUGCAGCGGGAUGUGGGACAAGAUCACCUGCUGGCCAAAUGCUGACGUUGGCGACGUGGUCACCCUCCCGUGCCCCAAAUAUCUUCUCUACUUCUCCAUGGAGCUUCCCACACGUAAACGUAACCUGUCAAAGACUUGCACUGAGGACGGCUGGACCCCCAUCAGCAUAGACUCCUACAUAAUGGACUGCGGCUACAACCCCAACAACACCAUGGAUGAUCGUACGGGAGACUUCUUCGACGCCAUCAAAGUGGGCUACACCAUCGGGCACAGCGUGUCGCUCAUUUCUCUCACGGUCGCCAUCAUCAUCCUGUGCCUCUUUCGGAAGCUGCACUGCACCAGAAACUACAUCCACAUGCAUCUCUUUGUGUCGUUCAUACUGAAAGGCAUUGCAGUUUUCAUCAAGGAUGCGGUUCUGUAUGGCGCCGAUGAGGCGGACAUUUGCCAGUCAUCUGUGGGCUGCAAGGCAGGGGUGGUCUUCUUCCAUUAUGGCGUCAUGGCCUGUUUCUUCUGGCUGCUGGUGGAAGGCCUGUACCUCCAUGCUCUCUUAGCUGUCUCCUUCUUCUCCGAGAGGAAGUACUUCUGGUGGUACAUCCUGAUUGGCUGGGGCGCUCCAGCCAUCUUUAUGUCAGCAUGGGUGAUCACAAAGAUUUGUUUAAAUGAUCUCAGUUGCUGGGAUAUUAUUGAUGACAGACCUUGGUGGAUCAUCAAAACGCCCGUUUUAGUAACCAUAUUUGUCAACUUUAUACUCUUCAUGUGUAUAAUCCGUAUUUUACGGCAGAAGAUGAACUGCCCCGACAUCGGAAGGAAGGAAUCGAACCAGUACUCGAGACUGGCUAAAUCCACGCUGCUGUUGAUACCUCUCUUCGGGAUAAAUUACCUCCUUUUUGCCUUCAUUCCCGACCACAUCCAGCCGCAGAUGAGGAUGGUGUUCGAUCUUAUCCUGGGGUCGUUUCAGGGUUUUGUUGUUGCUGUCUUGUACUGUUUCCUUAACGGAGAGGUACAGGCAGAGAUUAAGCGUAAGUGGCGCAGAUGGAUGUUGCAGCGCUUCCUGGGCGCGGACACCAAGUACCAGCCGCCCUCCAUCGGCAGCAAUGGUAACAACUUCAGCACCCAAAUCACCUUGUUGACCAAAUGCAGCCCCACUGCGCGGCGAGCAUCUGCUUGCCGGGAGCACUUCUCGGCCAUCUGACACCUAAAAAGCAAAAGGGGUGGGUGACAUGCUGCACAUAAGCAGUGUAGUCGAUUUUGCGAUUACUGAAGGGGCAAUGCGACGUUUUAGUUCCUUGUGAAAGUGCUCAGCUGUUGUCCUUACCAAUGUGAUGUGCAAGUCAGGAGGCGCUUUCACUUGUGUGAGGACGACAGCUCCAACAGGAGCGCUAAAGGUUGAUAUAUGGUACAGUGAGGGGAGAUCAAGUUUGUCAAUAUUCCUUGUGACAUUACAGUAUCGUGCUAUUUGGAGAGCAUUGGGCAUUGAUAUUAAACAAUGGGUGGAUGGGGAGCGAGUCCUAUAAAAAGCAAGAUGUUUACUUAAAGACCACCUGGGCUAUGCAGUUCAUGCACUCAACCUAAUGGCCCAUGUUGGGUAGGGGCGUUAACAACAGAAGAAGAACCCUAUAAGACUCCUAAUGUACUAGACCUUAUCUCUUAUCCCGCCCUUUGCCAUUUUAUAUGAACCCGUCACUCCACUGAAUUAUUGCUGGAUGACAUUCCACAGUCCAGACUAAUGCAGCUUGUGCAGCUCAGAUUUCUGCGGCUUUUAGUUUCUUCCAGUCCGAGUGUGUCUUUUAAGCUGUGGCCUCAAAGACAUCACGGAACAUAGCGUUGUAAAUUAUCAUGUGGUCACCGUCUAUUACCUGCAUGUCUUCAAAUACUCUCAGUUACUGUACUUUCUCGACAAAUAGGGCAUCUCAUUCACCGUAUGUUUGUAAUGAUUCAUAAGUACGUGAUGGUACAAGUAAAAUGCGCAACAUGCAUGUGCCACUGUUCAGCACCGUUUAAACUUGCACGCAUUUUGCCUCGGCAUUGUCCCGCAAUUUGCGGUGGCAAUGCGUGUCAUUUGUUUUGCUUGUUUAUGGUAUGCCUGAAAAGCGUGUCGGUUGAGCACUGUUCUGUUGACGGAUAAAUUACGCCCUUGGCACGCAAUGACCACGCUCCCGCAUGUCUUAUUUACACCUUGUCAAGUACUGUUUACGUCUAGUGCAUGACAAUAGUACGCGCGAUGCGCAUUGUUCUCGCAUGGGCAUGCGUUGUCACCGCCACUGCCCGCAUCCGUGAAGCAGCCGUGGCAUUAUCUGGUCCCGCUGUGUCCCGCGUGAUGCCACGCAACAGCAGGCAUCACCCUUAAAGCUUCAUAAAUUCCCCUAUUUGUAAGAUGUUGAACUCCAGAGAAAAAGCUCAGCAAAGAAAUGUAAGUCUAUAUUUUGUCACAGCUGCAGGUAAAGAAUGUGCAAAGAGCAGGAAGGAGGCAAUAAACUUAAAAAAAAAGAUACACAGACAGUGUGGGAGAGGGAAUUUCUGACGAGAAGACGUGGCUUUGGGCAUUAUGAUUAGUUAUUAACCCAAAAUGACAAAGAAGAUCCAAGACACGACAGAAGAGCACCGAUAGAUUGCUCUAAUGCACCACCAGGAUGCAGAAUACAAUGUGCGUUCAUAUGCUGUAAAAAAAAUAUAUACAUUUUUAUGGGUGUAACCUUGCUGAAAAGCGGCCAUCUACUGGAUAUGUUUCUAUAAAAGGUCAACUAUCUGCAGAAAAAUCUGUAUUUUCAAGUACACAUUAAUGGAAGACGCUACCGAUAAGAAUCUGCAUGUUAGCAGUUUCAUUAUGGCCCUUCUGGGGUCAUCGGUUUCCUGAAUGCAGCAUCAAGAUGAAGCAGCUGCUGCUACUAUGUGCCCUUGACUUGCUUGAGUGAUAUGAUCCAUAAUCAUUGAUGUGCCCUUGAUGCAACAUCCUCCUCAGAGGUAAAACUCCCCGAAAAUACCUCAGACUGAAUGUCACACGUACCUAUUGUACACAGAGAUGAAACUGUAAAUAUGAGUUUAUGGCAUGUUUUAUGGUGAUGACUUCUCGUGCUCAGGUGUCAACUGGAAAUGGAUGUUUACAUUUAAGACGACAUAUUGUUCACUCCUGGUGUUUGCAUCAUGUCAAUAAUAUGUGUAUAUUUUUGUGUAAAUGUGGUGUACUGUACAGUAUAUGGAAUUAAGAUGUUAUUACAUACUGUACCUGUGCAAGACGAAUAAAACCAUGCGCACUUUGGGUGGACGCUUCCACGUCAUCACUUAAUGAAACAUAACAACAGACGGGUGUAUAAAGCAACUUUUUAUCAAAUAUAUUUGGCAUUUUAUUAUUCAUUUAUGUCCCCGUUUAAACGAG